AUGCACGGGCCCCCGGCCUGGCCGCUCUGGCUGCUGGGGCGCCGGGCGCGGGUCUCCGGCGCCUGGCUCCCCGCGGCCGGCGCCGCCGCUCCCAAGCCGGAGGCGGCGCGGCCGUGUCUCCUCCUCGGGCGCCCCGGCGUGUGCGGCCCCUGGCGCGGGGUGGCGAGCGGCGAGCGGCGCGCGGGUCCCGGCGGCGUGGGCCUGGCGCGACUCCUGCGGCCCUGGCGGGCUCGGCCUCCCGCGGCUGCAGCGCGGGCGCCGCCGCCGCCGCGUCCCGGCUUCCCGGCCGUCCCGCCGGCCAGCCACCCGGCCGCGGACGAGGCCUGGCGCCGGGGCCCGACGCCUGCCGCCGGAGACUCUGCGCGGCGCCCCGCCGCCGCCGGCCGCUCCGAAGCGCUGAAGCUGCUGCGCCUCGCCUACCCCGAGCGCUGGAGGCUGGCAGCUGCAGUUGGGUUUCUAGCCAUGUCCAGUGUCAUCACCAUGUCUGCUCCCUUCUUCCUUGGGAAGAUAAUCGAUGUCAUUUAUACAAAUCCCACUGUGGAAUACAGCAACAACCUGACCCAGUUCUGCCUGGCACUCAGUGGUGUUUUUCUCUGUGGUGCUGCUGCAAAUGGCAUUCGUGUCUACCUCAUGCAAACUUCAGGUCAGCGCAUUGUGAAUAGAUUGAGGUCUUCUUUAUUCUCUUCAAUUUUGAAGCAGGAGGUUUCUUUCUUUGACAAGAAUCGCACAGGAGAAUUGAUUAACCGUCUCUCAUCAGACACUGCCCUUCUGGGCCGCUCUGUGACAGAAAAUCUCUCUGAUGGGCUCAGGGCUGGGGCCCAGGCUUCUGUUGGCAUUAGCAUGAUGUUUUUUGUCUCACCUGUUCUGGCCACGUUUGUUUUGAGUGUGGUACCUCCAUUAUCUAUCCUUGCUGUGAUUUAUGGACGAUACUUACGGAAAAUGACAAAAUUCACUCAAGAUUCUCUGGCACAAGCCACUCAGUUAGCUGAGGAACGAAUUGGAAAUAUAAGAACUGUUAGAGCUUUUGGUAAAGAAAUGACUGAAAUGAAGAAAUAUACCAGCAAAGUGGACUAUGUGAUGCAGUUAGCAAGAAAAGAGGCAUUUGCUCGGGCUGGCUUCUUUGGAGCAACUGGGCUCUCUGGGAACCUGAUUGUGCUUUCUGUCCUGUACAAAGGAGGAUUGCUGAUGGGCAGUGCCCACAUGACAGUUGGUGAACUCUCUUCCUUCCUAAUGUAUGCUUUCUGGGUUGGAGUAAGCAUUGGAGGUCUAAGCUCUUUCUACUCAGAGCUGAUGAAGGGUCUAGGGUGCUGAGGACGCCUCUGGGAGCUCCUUGAGAGACAGCCUAAGCUUCCUUUUAAUGAUGGGAUCACUUUAAGUGAGAAGAACUUCCAAGGUGGUUUGGAGUUUAAGAAAGUGCACUUCACUUACCCAGCUCGUCCAGAGGUACCCAUAUUCCAGGAUUUCAGCCUCUCUAUUCUACCAGGAUCAGUCACAGCAUUGGUUGGUCCCAGUGGUUCUGGCAAAUCAACAGUGGUUUCCCUCCUGCUGAGGUUGUAUGAUCCUCUUUCUGGAAAUGUCUGUCUUGAUGGGCAUGAUAUCCGAGAGCUAAAUCCAGUUUGGCUGAGAUCCAAGAUUGGGACUGUGAGUCAGGAACCAGUUUUGUUUUCGUGCUCAAUUGCCGAGAACAUUGCUUAUGGUGCAGAUGACCCUUCAAUGGUAACUGACAAGCAGAUAGAGAAAGUGGCUGAUAUUGCCAAUGCAGCUGGUUUCAUCCGAAACUUCCCUCAAGGAUUCAACACUGUGGUUGGAGAAAAAGGCGUUCUCCUUUCAGGUGGGCAGAAACAACGGAUUGCAAUUGCCCGUGCUCUACUUAAGAAUCCCAAAAUUCUUCUCCUAGAUGAAGCAACCAGUGCACUAGAUGCUGAGAAUGAGCACCUGGUACAAGAAGCUCUAGAUCGACUCAUGGCUGGAAGAACAGUGCUAAUUAUUGCUCACCGGCUGUCUACCAUUAAGAAUGCUAAUGUGGUAGCUGUUCUUGACCAAGGGAAAAUUACUGAAUGUGGGAAACACGAAGAACUGCUUUCAAGACCAAAUGGAAUAUACAGAAAACUAAUGAACAAACAGAGUUUUAUUUCAGCAUAAAGGAGAAGUUACAAGUAAUUUGAAUACAAGAGGCGUUAAUACAAAAAGGCACUAUGGUCUGCGGGUAGGGUACAGAUCUUAGAGACUUAUGUGAAAUCUUUAAUUCAUACUUCAAGUAUUGAAAUAAGACUAUUUUUCUAAAGUAUAUAAAAUAUUGUUUUGAAAUGUA